CCUUAAGAUUUCGAUUAUUCCUUUCACUCAUUCCCAUGAUCAUCAUGAUCACCAAUAUCAGGCCUACUCAUCAAGCCAGUGAGUAUUCAUUUAAAAGCAACAUCUGUUCUAAAAGCACCUUCAACGGCACCUUCAGCAAAAACCUCAAUAAUCUCUUCUCCUCCCUCCUCUCUUCAAUCAACGCCACCACGUCCACCGGGUUUUACAGCUCCUCGUACGGAGAAAUCCCUGACAAAGUUUACGCAAUCGGAUUCUGUAGAGGAGAUCUCAAGCCCUCUGCAUGCGCUGCUUGUCUUGCCGCCUCCACCGCCCUGAUUGUCAAAAACGCUUGCCCUGAUGCGAAGAAUGGAGGUGUAGGCUCCAUAAAUUGCACGCUACGUUACUCCAACAUCUCCAUUAGUGGCAUCAGAGUAGAAGCACCAUCUAUAUCUGGCUACAGCCAUGGUGACAAUGUCUCAUCAUCCUCAAGGUUUGAUUUUAAUCAAAGGCUCACCACAUUAUUUGAAACAUUAAGAAGUAAAGCCGCGGCGGGUAGUGUUCUUAAAUUUGCUGUUGGGCACUCAAACGCUCCGGUUAGUUCUGGUAUAACGAUAUACGGACUUGCGCAGUGCAGUCCAGACUUAUCGGAAACAGACUGCAGUGUUUGCAUAAGUAAGGGUUUGAAGCAGCUCCCACCAUGUUGUUAUAAAUCUUGGAGUUAUCUUGGUGCCAGCUGUAGCUUAAGGUAUGAUCCUGACCUCUUCUACGACCCCGCAACUGAUCCGACACCACUGCCUCCGCCAUCACCACCGCCAGCCACUACACCACUGCCUCCGCCAUCACCACCGCCAGCCACUACCACAAGUAAUUCUGGAGGAAUCGAAAGUGGCACAUCUCGGAUGGUCAUCACUACUCUUGUGCCAGUCGUGGUUUCCAUGUUUCUAAUUGUAUCUCAUUCUCUAUCCAAUGAUCUGGUGUACUUUUUCGUUCAGUUUGUUUGAAUUUACUGUAAUUUGGUUUCU